AUGGGUUGCGGUGUUGGUUUUCUCAAAUUCCUCCUCAUCGGUCUCUGUGUUCUCUACGGGGUACUGGCAAUCGCCUUCUCCGCGGCCGGCAUCUACCUCAUUGUGCAAGUGCAAAAGAUACCCGAUCUUGGUGAUGAGGCAAAAUGGGCUCCUGCAAUCUUUCUAACCAUUGGCAUUUUCCUCGGAGUUGUCGCUACUUUCGGUUGUGCAGGCGCAGUGACGGGAAAUAAGUGCCUUCUUAUCAUUUUCGCCACAGUGACAAUCGUCAUGCUGGUGGCAACAUUUGUCUUCGGUAUAGCAAUUUUGGUUGUUGGUUCGAAGAUGGGCGACAAGUUGCUGGAGCUUCUGAGUAAGGCUUUCAAAAAGGGUGAGGAUGCAGCACACACGUGGUUGGGUCCUAUUGAGAAAACGCUUAAAUGCUGCGGAAUCAACGACAAAGCCGAUUACACUAGUGCUCUUCCAAGUACAUGCUGUCUGGAUGAACCUGAUUCCUGUCUUGCAGCAGAUGCUUACAGCGAAGGCUGUGGCACGAAAGUCGUGAAUAAGAUGAUGGAGUCCUCAAAGGCAAUUGGCGCAUGUUGCAUCCUCCUUGCGAUUGUUCAAGUCAUUGCGGUCAUUGGGGCGUACAUGUUGAUGUCAAAGUCAGCCUCCUAUGAACAGGUCUAA